ACCACCACCGCCGCCACCGCCACCAGCAACACGGAGCCGCUCCGGCCACCGGCCCGCCGCCUCUUAAAGGGAGGUGGCCGCUCUUAAAGGGACCCUCGCGCGCCCGGCCGGCGGGAGCGCGGCGGCCCGGUUCCCGGAGGGCCGCGCCCAGCCUAGGCCGAGCUCCACGCGGCGUCCAGAGCGCGGGGCCGUGCCGCCGCCACCGGGAGCAGCAUUUUUAUUCAGGCGACGCUUAAGGGAGCCCGGCGCGCCCGGUGCAUUGUGGGAGCGCCGCGGCCCGUUUUCGGGAGGAGGCGGAGGGCGCAAAGCGAGCCGGUGGAUCACAACUAGAAAGGCCGGUGGAUCAAGAGAGAGGGAGGGGCGGGGCUGAACCGUGGAGAGUGUGGCCCCAGAACCAUGUCUUCUCGGGAGUCCUUUAACCCGGAAAGUUAUGAGUUGGACAAGAGCUUCCGCCUAACCAGGUUUACAGAACUGAAAGGCACAGGCUGCAAAGUGCCCCAAGAUGUCUUGCAGAAAUUGCUGGAAUCUUUACAAGAGAACCACUUCCAAGAAGAUGAGCAGUUUCUGGGAGCUGUUAUGCCACGGCUUGGCAUUGGAAUGGAUACUUGCGUCAUUCCUUUGAGGCAUGGUGGUCUUUCCUUGGUUCAAACCACAGAUUACAUUUAUCCUAUCGUCGACGACCCUUACAUGAUGGGCAGGAUAGCAUGUGCUAAUGUCCUCAGUGACCUCUAUGCAAUGGGCGUCACCGAGUGUGACAAUAUGCUGAUGCUCCUUGGAGUCAGUAAUAAAAUGACUGACAGGGAAAGGGAUAAAGUGAUACCGCUAAUUAUACAGGGUUUUAAAGAUGCGGCAGAAGAAGCGGGAACCUCCGUAACAGGGGGCCAAACAGUGUUAAACCCCUGGAUUGUUCUAGGAGGAGUCGCCACAACUGUCUGCCAGCCCAAUGAAUUUAUCAUGCCAGAUAAUGCAGUACCAGGAGAUGUGCUGGUCUUGACGAAACCCCUGGGCACGCAAGUUGCAGUCGCUGUGCACCAGUGGCUGGAUAUUCCUGAAAAGUGGAAUAAAAUCAAGCUAGUGGUCACCCAGGAAGAUGUAGAGUUGGCAUACCAGGAAGCGAUGAUGAACAUGGCGCGGCUCAACAGGACAGCUGCAGGCCUUAUGCACACGUUCAACGCUCACGCAGCCACUGACAUCACAGGCUUCGGGAUUCUGGGCCAUGCGCAGAACCUGGCCAAGCAACAGAGGAACGAGGUGUCGUUUGUGAUUCACAACCUUCCUGUGCUGGCCAAGAUGGCAGCUGUGAGCAAAGCCUGUGGAAACAUGUUCGGCCUUAUGCAUGGGACCUGCCCGGAGACAUCAGGAGGCCUGCUAAUCUGUUUACCGCGCGAGCAAGCAGCUCGGUUCUGUGCAGAGAUAAAGUCCCCCAAAUAUGGCGAGGGCCACCAAGCAUGGAUUAUUGGGAUUGUAGAGAAGGGCAACCGCACAGCCAGAAUCAUCGACAAACCUCGGAUUAUCGAAGUCGCACCUCAAGUAGCCACGCAAAACGUGAAUCCCACACCUGGUGCCACCUCCUAAUCUAGACAGAGCUAGCUACUGGAUUUUGUUUUUAAAUAGAUCUAUUUCUUUUAUCAUCACUUCAAUUAAAGACUAAGAACAACACAAAUCUCAUUGUGUCUACACAUCUGGUGACCCUAGGUCGGUUUGUGAGUGGAUGCAAUUAAUAAAAUGAAAUCCAUGGCCUUCUUUUCCUGUUACAUUAACUGAAGAUGCACCCACCCUCGAGGCAGCUUCUGAGUUGAGAAUGAUCUUGUUAUCCAUACUGUUGAUUCAUUUUGAAUCUUUCGAUGCGUAUCUCUUGCCGCAUAGGCGCUUUCUAAAGGUGCUUCCCACCCCAGACAUACUGAGAGCUGUGUCACUGGGCAGUCCCUGUCUUCUCCUUUUCUGUUUCAGUGUCUCGGUUGACAUUCUAGAAAGACAGAAUUGGUAAGUGACAUAAUGGUCUCCCAGGAGUCACAGGGUUGCAUGAUCCCUUGAGUCUUUGAUUUGUAAAGCUGAGUCUUAACAACUCGGGGGCAUUUCUUCGACCCAGGACAUUAUGCAGUAGCUCACAGACUCAGUUCAGUAAGGUUUACUCUGCAUGGAAAGCACUUAGAAUUAAAAAAAAAAAAAUUCUUUUUUUUUUUUUUUCUUUUUUUGUUAGCUUUCCUGAUACUUGCAGUAAUACCAUUAAUGGUUCUUUACCAAUAGGAAAAAGGAUACUUUUUGCAAUGUAAUUAGAUGUUCUAUAGUGUGACAAGGAAUUGCCUUCCGAUAGGGGGUUCAUGUAUAAUACUCAUUUAUAAUUCAAUAUCUAAUUUACUUCGGAAAUAAUUUUUAAAUAUAAUCAACAAUAAAGACUGUUCUGUGGAUGGUAGCGUUUAAUACAUUUUAUAUUUUGUAUAGUGAUUUCAGGCCUCUUGUUUAAAAUCAGCAGCUCUUUAGCCUAAUCCUUAGUAUCAUUUUGUCCCCGCGCCUGUACUUUCCUGUGCACGCAUUUUGUGAUCUGUGUUAAAAUCUGCAUUGCCACCACUGCAGCUCAAAUUUAAAAGUUGGUAUUCAAAUAAAUAUUUAAUUUUUUUAAUUGCUCUUGUAUAAUCAGAUGCCCUUUUUAGUAUUAUUUCAGAAGCAUUUGGGAGGGGUUUGCCUAAAGUACAAUUUAUUGGGAAAAACUAGAUUUUAGUUUUAUAAAACUUUUAAGUCUUUCAUGGGACCUAUAUUUUCUUGAAUUAAAUUUUGUAGUUCUAGAACAAAUAGGCAAUCUACAAAGGUGUUGUCUGUGUUUCUUAAAAACAGGGGCUUCCUUAUCUUUUAACUAUGAAGCAGCUGGGGACUCCCAUCGGUAAGCACAAGGGCGCUGGGUCCUCAAGCACCUUCUUCAGUAGAGAAAAGCACCACUUCUCCAGGUCACAAUGCUUCCUGCUAACAGGCCCCAAAGCUGCACUUUGUAAGCUCACCCAGCCUCACUCAACACAGAAAACCAGGAACCUGCCACUGGGCAAACGGAUUCCCUGAAAGGAAGAGGCCGCAGCGUGGUUGUGUCCUUCAGGAACCACAGGACCUCCUGUAUCCACCUAGAGCUGGAACUGAAGCCACCAAGCGUGGCCCUGAGCAGUGCAAGCUGUCACAGAUGGACACUAACUGGACACUUUAUAGGAAUCUAUAUGAUGUUGGUCCUCGAAAGUACACACCAGUGGUCUGCAAAAUAAAAUGUGUUGGAAUCCUGUGAGUGCAGAAAACAUA